AAAUCAGUUUCGCUACGGAUUCUGCACGAAGCGGACGCGUUUUAUCGGUGUUACCCCAAAAACUUACGAGUAUGUGUGAAAGAUCCCCGGCUAAUAGAAAGUCGUACUCAAGUGUCAUGUGAUCGGUGAAAAAUUAGAAGCACCUGACUCAACGUGAUCGUGUUCGUGCUCAGAAAUGACAUAAAAAAUCGAGCCUUUUGCUCAUAAAAUGUAAAAAAUACCGUCACUUGCACAUUGUAGGUGUGGUGAAACCCAUUUCAAAGCACAUAUGCACCCGAGCUUAAUAAAAUGAUUCCACCACAAUGGCGUUGCUUACAAACAGAACGUAUUAAGUAAAUGCCUGAAGGAAAUAAUCCUGUGAAAAAAUCUAAAAUUUGGUAAUUGCCACGAGCCAAAAGCUGCGAUAACAAAACCGUGUGAAAAACUCCGAACAAAAGCGAAAACACAAACAAACCCCGCGGCGUUUUGAAAACCAGUCCGCGGCAGUGAGGUGGUAAAAACUGAGCCAGUAGAUCCGAGAGGAUGCACUUUGGCCAGGAGGCGAGGCCAUCAUUGGGGCUCCUGGCUGUGGCUGAGUCGACCGCAACGGCAAGUUGAUGUUGCCCCCGUCCUGGCAUCUAAUUGGGGCCCUCCUAGUGCUCGCGGCCACAGCGGGGGACUCCACCAACAAGAUCAUCUUGCCGCAGAUUCUAAACGGUGGCGGCAUCGGCGGGGGCAUCGCUACUGCCCAGGGCAAACAUCCGUCUGGAUCCAAGACGUUGGCGGCGGGAGUGGUUCCAAACUUUGGAGGAGCAGCUGGCAAUGGAGCGGGCGGAGGAGGAGGACCAGUGGCUGGCAGCGGAACUGGAAGCACGGUGGUCGGGAGCAAUGGCGUGAUUGUGGCCGGAGGCGGGGCCAAUGUGCCGACCUCGAAUUUAAACAUUGUCGUCGAAGAACCCGAAUUUACUGAAUACAUCGAAAACGUAACUGUACCUGCUGGACGAAAUGUUAAACUCGGUUGCUCCGUGAAAAAUCUGGGCUCAUAUAAGGUCGCCUGGAUGCACUUCGAGCAGUCCGCCAUCCUGACCGUUCACAAUCACGUGAUCACGCGCAAUCCGCGCAUCAGUGUCACGCACGACAAGCACGACAGGCACCGCACGUGGUAUUUGCACAUAAACAACGUGCACGAGGAGGACCGGGGUCGAUAUAUGUGCCAGAUCAAUACGGUGACGGCCAAAACGCAGUUUGGCUACCUGAACGUUGUGGUUCCCCCCAACAUCGACGACUCGCUGAGCUCCAGCGAUGUGAUUGUGCGGGAGGGCGCCAACAUUUCGCUGAGGUGCCGGGCCAGUGGCAGUCCCAGACCCAUUAUCAAAUGGAAGCGCGACGAUAACUCGCGCAUAGCCAUCAAUAAGAAUCACAUAGUGAACGAAUGGGAGGGCGACACCCUCGAGAUAACUCGCAUUUCGCGACUGGACAUGGGCGCCUAUCUGUGCAUCGCCUCCAAUGGGGUUCCUCCCACGGUUUCCAAGCGCAUCAAAGUCAGCGUGGACUUUCCCCCAAUGCUGCUUAUACCCCAUCAGUUGGUUGGUGCUCCAGAAGGUUUCAACGUCACCAUCGAAUGCUUCACUGAGGCGCAUCCCACAUCUCUGAACUAUUGGACACGUGGCGAGGGACCAAUCAUUCACGAUUCGCACAAGUACAAAGUGGAGGCCACAGUCGGAUUGCCAGCUUAUAAAACCCAUAUGAAGUUGACCAUCAUCAAUGUGAGCAGUGGCGAUGACGGCAUUUACAAAUGUGUGGCCAAGAAUCCAAGGGGGGAAACGGAUGGCAUUAUACGAUUGUACGUUUCAUAUCCCCCGACCACCGCCUCAUCGGGCAUUUACUCCACGGAUUCGCAUUGGGCGGAAAAUGGGAUCAACAAUAACUAUGCAUAUGGUGGCCCCGACUCCACACGAUCGAUUUAUGCGCAGGACAAAAAUACGCGAUAUCAAUCGAAUUUGAACGAAAUCGGUUUAUCUGAACAAAAAUCCUUCCUAGAUAAGACGCAGAAUCCGUUGUUGGCCAAUGGCAACGCCAACGAGGCGGAUGCGGAAUCCAACGGGGUCACCACUCGGGGUCACAACCCUUCGAUGGCCAUUGCGUGGCUGUUCGUCGUCGUCGCGACGUUGUUGUUAACAAUCCGAUCUGCGGUUGGUUCUAGCCUUAGUCUAAGUCUAUGUUAGUUAAUGCAAAUCUAGCUUAUAGUUACCACAUUCAACUAUGUAUGGUACUAGCUGUAAGGCUUUACGUAACACGUAACACGUAACGUUCGCGAAUAGCAUUUACGUACGUUCGUACCAAAGAUGUAUGUGUAAUCAACUAGACCCUAGUAUAAGAGACCCUAAAUACAAUCCGCCCUUUCCCCAUAUACGUCACAAGGUAUACAUAUAUAUAUCUAUAUAUAUGAGAGACCAGGUCCGACUGAGCUCGUUAAGCAUAUGUAUAGCCAUCAGCCACCAGCCAUCAAUCACAAGCCCUUUCUCUGGGGUCUAUGUACACUCAUAUACAUCUAUUUCUAGAAGGUAAGAUGAACCAACCAAAGGGUAAAUGCAAUUUCAUUUUGCUUUCAAUGCUGUGCUUCAAACUGAGAAAGUUUCAUAGUUAUCAUAUAUAAUCUACCACGGUCUAUACUUAAAGCGAUGCAUACACAUCUAUAUAUUCGUGCGUUAAACGCUGCUGACUCACACUUGCAUAUAAGAUUACAUACACCUAAUUAUAUUAUUAUGCAUAUGCCUUAAGGAUUGCAAGCUGAGAAAUGCAAAUUAGGCUAAGAAAAAUAAGCCAUCACACAUAUCGAUCAUGGAAAUUGUUUAAUUAGGCCAAAAAUAUCGAAACACGUAUACAGUUUUGUAGACAUAGGCAAGUUUCACUAUAAACUAUAAUUUGUAAAAUUACAUCAAAAUUGAGUAAAAUAGAAUAAAACCUACACUUAACAAGGGGUGUAAUCUCUGUAUGUCACAAUAUAACAUUCGAUUUAUCAUUCAUUUAUAUAAUAUUGUUUUAAUAUGGUCCACAUAGUAUUUACACCCAGGAUCAUCGGAUAAGAUCUUGUUUGAUUGUUGCAACAGCCUAAUUAUGAUGUAACUAAUAACAGAAUUAUAAAUUUACUAAUGUAAAGACAAAACGAAAUGUUAAACAUUUAAGCUAAAAUAAAAUAAAUUUAAAUUGUGUUGCUUUAAAGACAAAUUAAAGUAGAAGCAAGGAAGCAUGUUGGAUGUUGAGAAAUAUAAUUGAAUUGAACGCAGAGCUAUGGACACAAUGGAAAAAGAAUAUACAAAUAUAUUACAUUAUAUACCAAUAUAGACUACGUAUAUACAAAGAAAACAACACGCAUACACGAACUACACUUAUGUAACAUGUAUUUAAGCAUAACAUAUAAAAUGAGUUGUAACUGAGGCAUUAAAUUAAAUAAAAAUCCCAAAAAGACAAAUAAAGCUACAGAAUGCCAUUCAGGGGGCAGUCACGGAAAUUAUUAAAAGUAAUGAAAGUGAGCAAAUUGAAAUAAAAACGAAAUGCAUUUCGUUUGGCAAGGAACAAGAAUGAUGUAUUAAAUGCUUAAUUAGCAACCAAAUUAAAUAAUGCCCAUGCAAACACCAAACAUUCAUAUUAAA